CUAGGCUUCACUAUCUGCGGUUGCGCGUCAGCCCGCAUUGGCUGUCGGUGAUAAUCGGUCAACAAACGGAGAGGCAGGAGGGCACUGGACAGCAUGUUUACAGCCUACAGACACAAUUAGCUGCCGUCAACACAGCGUUGACAGAGUUCUUUCCCGGAGGAGCUAACUCGUUUUUGGGCGACUGACGACGAUGUUUUUGUGCCACACAGGGAGGCUGUCUGCAGCGGCUCUGGAUCAGGCUUUCAAGUCCGCUGGAUCGUGUCUUGUGCGACUUAAAGCAAACACACUGAAGGACGGCACUUUGACAUUACGCAACAGCUACUCGGUUCACCGGUGUUUCAGCGCACCAGUCCGGGGUGUCUGUUUAACUCCUGUGCAUUCAGGGAAACACCAACCAGACCCGCAUCCUGUCCACAACUGGGACACACAGUCUGGUUUUGUAAUCACGGACUGGGCACACUUGGACCGGGUUUCUGCGAUAGCUGUGAGCCUCUCCAAAAGCGUGCAAAGUGAAGGCAGUUUCUCAGAUAUUAUCAGGCAGCCCAACAGGCACCUUAACAGCCGAGGAGGGCAGGCGGGUAAUGGUUUGUUUACAGGUAACUGGAGGAUUUCCACGGGGAGCAUGCAGACCAGAUCCUCAUCCACCGCCGCAGCCACGAAGAAGAAGAGUGAAGACAGCGAGGAGCAGACUGCUGUCUAUAACAAAGAGGAGGAGCAGAAUUUAAAGGACACAUCCACCAUUUCCUCAUCUACUGCAAAGGCCCCAGAGGAGCCAGAGCCAGAGGGGGGGAAACCCACCAAAGCCCAGCAGCUAAAGAAAGUCUUCAAGGAGUAUGGAGCGGUGGGAGUUAGCUUUCAUAUUGGGAUCUCCCUCAUGUCCCUGGGAAUGUUCUACCUCCUCAUAUCAAGUGGGAUCGACAUGGCAGCUCUGCUGUGUAAACUGGGCUUCAGCGAGGCAGUCGUGCGGUCCAAGAUGGCAGCAGGGACGAGCACGUUUGUCUUGGCCUACGCCAUCCACAAGCUCUUCGCACCGGUUCGCAUCAGCAUCACUCUGGUGUCUGUGCCUCUUAUUGUGCGCUACUUCAGAAAGACUGGUCACUUCAAACCACCCACACCGGCCCCCUGAUGGCCCUCCUCACCUCCUCCUCAGCCUCAUUAAGGAACAAACAUUCUGACUGUUAAUCGCUAUAAUUAAAACAUCUGUAUAUAUCUUUACUCAUCGCCUUUGUCUGCAAACGCCACAUCUGUUGUUGUUGUGAAUUCAGGUGAAACGUUUCCUGCAUUAGUUCCUGUUGUUACAUAAUCAGAGUUUAAAUUUGUGUUACUUUAGAUUUUAAAGUCCAGAAAAAAAAGCUGAACAGCCCAAAUAUUUAUUUACAAUCAGAAGUUAUGAUCAGGGAAUUUAUGUUUUCUCUCAGUAGGCAGGUUUGUCUCUAUAAAGCUGUGAAGGUUCUCCGUGGGGGCAAGUGGAAAAAGCUGAUCUCUCCUCCACUGUUCUUCCUCGCUGACUCGGCCAUGUUCAGGUGUUAUGUGAGUCAGCAGAAUAAAUCUGACUCUCUCUGCCUCCUACAUCUCUGUCCUUUUCUCUCCUUUCUGUUCUCAGACUCUCCUAUGCACUGUUUUUAUUUUCUGCUGCUGUUUUGCUUCCCUCCUGUUUUUCUUCUCAGCAUCUAUUUUCCCUCCUUUUAUAUCCCUUUGCUGUUCCUCUUCCUCUCCUCUCUCUUGUUCUUCAACUUUAAAAAUGUCACUGCCUGAGCAGCUACUUCAAGCUAAUUAAUCCAUGAGUGAAGCUGACUGUCGCUGACUGAAAGUUUUGGAUUGAGAGUUUUUUUUCUGAUUGAAUGGACCUUAUUUAACUAUUAAAAGGAAUGUUGUCUUUUUGA